GCCGAGCCCAGAUCAUGCUCUCCGGACGACGGCGACGACGAUGACGGUAAGGGCACUACAGCAGAUCUCCACCGGCCGGAAUGGCGUCGGUGCCUUCAUCUUGCAAUGCAAGAAGAUGAACUUCCACUACUGCGACUGGGCAGGUAGCUCAAGGGGCAUGAACGGCUUCAUCAAGUCCCUCCUCCCCAAGUUCGCCGCCGCCCACCCGCAGAUCGAGUUCACCGUCUCCCCACGGCCGGCCAAGCAUCCAGUCAUCGUCGCCCAGUACAUCAACGGCCGCGAGAAGGCCAUCUGCGUGCGCAACAUGGAGCCCUAUGAGAUCCUCAAGAAGGCCGAGCUGCUCCGGGACGCCAGCGGCGAGAAGCUCAAGAGAACGACCAAGCCGGUGACGAGUAUCAAUGAGUCCGUCAGAGGCAUCUGGUCCCCGUACCACGGCGAUGGGUUGCGGGUAUGAGCGUGUUUUGUAUGAUAGGGCGGGCUUGGUUGCAUGGACUGUAGGGGUACAAAAUGGAACAAUCACAGUACAUCACUGCUCGAUGUGGAGUUACGGCGAAUGGCACAUUCCCUCGACAGGGGCUGGGAGCAAGUGAAACUUUGUAGUAUUAGAGA